AUGGAGGAGGAAUUGCGACGCCAAAAGCAGUCGUCUGCGUCAUAUCCCCAGCAUGUACCUCACCAGUCGCAACGCACGCCCUGGAUGCAAGGGCAAUAUGCCCGUAUUCCUACGCAACAAAACUCAUUUGGACGGCAGGCAGGUGGUGUCUCCGGUCAGCACCCUCGUUUAGUGCUGCUCUUAGUGAUUGCUGGAGGUGCUGGAAUAUAUUAUGUUGUUCAUCUAGAGCAAGUGCCCGCUACGGGUCGCUGGCGAUUCCUGGAUGUAAGCAUCGUUGAUGAGCUUCGCAUGGGCGAUCAAGCGUACCAAAGCACGAUGCAGGAGUACGCACCUCAAAUCAUAUCGAAUUGGAGCUCUGCUGGUCAACAGGUCAAUCGCGUAGCGAAGCGCAUCAUUGCCGCUUGUCGGGAUUUGGAUAUACAGCGGGCCGAAGGGGCCCCAGAGACCGAGUGGACAGUUCAUGUUGUGGAUGAUCCCACCCAAAAGAAUGCGUUUGUCCUACCAGGCGGCCAUAUUUUUGUGUUUACUGGUAUUUUACCUGUAUGUGCCAAUGAUGAUGGCUUGGCUACCGUGAUGGCGCACGAAAUCGCGCACCAACUCGCGCGGCAUUCAGCGGAAAAAAUGGCUGGUACGAAAAUCCUCAUGGCAGGCGCAUUUGCACUGGACAUGCUGGGUCUCGAUAUUGGUAUUAGCCGUAUUCUGCUUAAUCUUCUGCUUUCCCUGCCCAACUCACGCAAGAUUGAGAGCGAAGCCGAUCAGUUGGGCCUAAAGAUUAUGUCCAAGGCAUGCUACAACCCUGAUGAAGCGGUUAGCUUCUGGGAGCGGAUGGACAAGUCUGAAGCGCACCAGGGCAAGUGGGCUGAAUCAGCCAAGGCCCUCUUGUCGACACACCCAGUUAAUUCCCAACGCAUUGCUAAUAUCAAGUCGUGGCUCCCAGACGCCAGGAACGAGUUCCAACAGAAUCGUUGUUCAAUGUCUCAGGCACUCCCUGCAAUGCUGUCGUCAGCGCCAUGGCGUGCAUCGGCUGAGCAGUAA